GUCUCUUCCACUUUGUUUGCACUCCUUGUGUUGUUACCCCUUUCCGGGAGUUGUUUGUCUUUGAAGGAGCACGCUCGUUUGACUUGAAGCUAAAAUGGCACCCAAGAAGGACCCUAAGGCUCCCGUCAAGAAGGCCGAACCAGCGGCAGCGCCUGCACCUGCAGCUGCACCCGCCCCCGCGCCUGCUCCUAAAGCCGCUGCUGUGGACCUGUCCGCCGUCAAGAUUGAAUUCAGCGCAGACCAAAUUGAAGACUACAGGGAGGCCUUCGGUCUGUUCGACAGGGUGGGUGACAACAAGGUGGCCUACAACCAGAUCGCUGACAUCAUGCGCGCUCUGGGACAGAACCCCACCAACAAGGAUGUGAACAAACUGUUGGGAAGCCCCUCCGCUGAGGACAUGGCCAACAAGAGAGUUGAGUUCGAGGGUUUCCUGCCAAUGCUUCAGACCAUCAUCAAUAGCCCAAACAAGGCCGGCUAUGAAGACUACGUUGAGGGUCUGCGCGUGUUCGACAAAGAGGGUAACGGCACAGUGAUGGGCGCUGAGCUGCGUAUUGUCCUGUCAACACUGGGAGAAAAGAUGAAUGAGACUGAGAUUGACGCUCUCAUGGCGGGUCAGGAGGAUGAAAACGGCUGCAUUAACUACGAGGCCUUUGUCAAGCACAUCAUGUCAGUGUAAGGACCCCCCCACCGUGUUGGAGGUGGUGAGCAUCGAGUAUGUGCAGACCCCAUGGUGUCGAGACAUUCACUCGCUGCUUCCUGGACCACCUGAGGAAGCAGAGCAAACAAAGGACUAUGAGAGGCCAUUUCUAAAUCCUUUUAUUGUUUUGUUCCACACGUUUUUAUCCUCGUCUCCAACUGGUGCUCUUUCAGCUUCUUCAGUUCCGGACGUGUUCCUAAAUUCCUAUCUUCCAAAAUCCCUCCGCCAGAUUGGUGGUGGUCGCUAGUUUUUGCAGUGCAGGAGGGGGUGGUGGGAGAAUGACGACCCUCCCCUCCUGUCACUCGUUGGCCGGCAGUCCAAGCGACUGCUUCGGCAUAGGACUGGCCACUGACGUCGAUCACCUGAUCAUCUCACCCAUCCCGAGUCUUAACUUAUUGUACUCUCCUCUGCCAUUUCACAAUAAACUUUUCACAAGUUCCCAUUUUA